AUGAAGGAGAUCACCAAACGCUUGGGUGCUGUCGGUGCUACUCGUCUUUCAGGAUAUGGACCGCAUGAUCCUCACUGUGCCUGGUUGGAGACACUACAAGAUAUGGCUGCCAACCGAUGUCAGUGGCGUUCUUGUUAUCUAUUUUAUGCCCCGUGUCUAUGUACCUCCAUCGCUGAGUCUUUGACCAGCGUUUGGUAUUCUUCUGCAUUCCUUGGUGUACUUUCCACCGCCUCGGCUAUCAGUCACUGUGGUGUGAAUCACAGUCCCCGCCUUAAAACCUCCACAUUCUCCAAAUCUAUUUAUGCCCCGUGUCUAUGUACCUCCAUCGCUGAGUCUUUGACCAGCGUUUGGUAUUCUUCUGCAUUCCUUGGUGUAUCUAGAGUUCCGCUUCGGAAAAAGCGUAAGGUGGAUAGCCUCGCUGAUAUUUUGCUUUCAAAUGAUAUCCGGUUCAAUAGAAAACAACCAGCACAGUUACUGGGUCGUCGUUGGAUGGUGAGUAGAGCACACCAGUCACAUCGCUCCAGCGUGAACACGUACGCCUGUUCAGACGUAAAAAUUCAGAUGAGUCCAACGUGCGUUGGUGGGGUAGUGGUUACACGCUCGCCUCGCAUGUCAGAUGUCCGGGGUUCACAUCCCGGCACAGCCAUUGGAUAUGCACUGCUGAUGAGCUCUAAUGGGGGUGAAACUCGAAUCCAGCGCUUCCUUUGGUGUGGACUCACCGGAAUAAUUAUGCCAGAACAGGAGGACGACCGUUCAAAUGAGAGUGAUUGGUUCUACAUAUCAUUGGUCCUCUAUGCCCCUUCACUGGCGAUUAGUCAAGUCAGUGGUCUUCCUUUGUGGUUGUCGAUCAUAACCACUGGUGUGGUCGCUACAUUCUACACAACACUGGGCGGUAUUCGUGCGGUCGUUUGGACGGACGUGCUGCAGUUGUUUGUGCUCACCUUCGGGCUCCUACUCAUCGUGAUUAUGGGCGUUGUGAAAGUUGGCGGUCCAAAAGUUCUGUGGGCUAUCGCCUGGGAGGGGAAGCGUCUCCAGUCUUUCAGCUUCAGUUUCGAUCCUCUAAGACGACAUUCUGUGUGGGCCCUCGCGUUCGGAGGAGCUGGAAUGAUGCUUGGCAUAUUUGGAGCUAAUCAAACGCAAAUCCAACGGUACCUGGCAUGCAAGGAUAUGAGAACUGCUCGCAGAGCAAUCCUAUUGAACGUACCAAUGAAUUCAAUAUUCAUGGUGAUCCAACUGGCUUCCGGCCUGGUUGCCUACGCUUACUUUGUCGAUUGUGACCCGAUCGGUGCCGGCCUGAUAAAGAAAGCGGAUCAAUUAUUGCCCUAUUUGGUCAUGGUUCUCUUCGAUGGAAUUCCCGUGAUACGUGGCCUUUUCCUGUCCAUUAUAUUUGCAGCUUCGCUAAGCACCCUUUCCUCUGGCGUGAACAGUCUGGCUACUGUGAUUUUGGAGGACAUCAUUCGACCUCUUUUCUACUACAUCACUGGCAAGGACGUAAAACCAAAGUCAAGAACUCUACUGGCGACGAUAUCCUUACUGUUUUCCUUGCCCAAUUCGGAGUGGCGUAAACAGAGAGGUGACCAACCCUUGACUUGGCAGAGGAUCGUGAAGGAGAUCACGAAACGCUUGGGUGCUGUCGGUGCUACUCGCCUUCCAGGAUGGGGACCGCGUGAUCCUCACUGUGCCUGGUUGGAGACACUACAAGAUAUGGCUGCCAACCGAUGUCAGUGGCGUUCUUGUUGUCAGUUUCUGUCCAGAUUGCCUGAAUCCAUUUAUCACUCAAUUUUAGCUGCCAUCGUCGGUCUAUCCACGGUUGGACUAGCAUUCCUCUUCGACCUAAUGAGCUCAAAUAUUUUGCCAUUCGCCUACGGCUUGUUUGGUGCGGUCGGUGGUCCCAUCCUGGCUAUUUUCACUCUUGGAAUUCUUGUGCCCUGCGUGAACCAAUACGGUGGUAUAGCAGCUCUCUUAUCCAGCCUAACCGUUGGUAUCUGGCUAUGUAUAGGCGCGAUUGUGUACCCACCUCCGGUGCCAUCUCUGCCCCUAUCCACAGUCAACUGCUCGAUGAAUGUGACCAACAUCACACAAGUUGCGACUGGAACCCGAACUUUCUACUCAAUAUCGUAUCUUUACUACACACCAGUAAGCCUUAUUGUGGCCCUGGUUUUUGGUGUCGUCUUCAGUGCAGCAUCUGAUUCAUGUCUGAAUGAACUUGAAAUCUACAAACCGGUGGGGAUCAUGCUGAGGGUCAGAUAUCCGUUCAACUUGAGUAAGACGUUAGUUGCACGAGUACCAUUGGUCACGCUGCACGGGGACUUCCGGGUUCGAUGUUUGCCACAGCGUUUGUCUAAUCGUAAAACAAAUUUAUGA